AUGCAAUCAUUAAAUGCCCUGGGCAAUAGACAAAUAGCAAGUCUCAAUGUGGAUCUGACUAGGAUGGAGAAUGGUGAGGGUGGUCCAGGCAUACAAGGUCAAAUUACUACCACUCUGGGGGCUCUCUCUCGUUUGAUAGAUGACUACGAUUCAAUGGCGAGGAAAGAAAUGGUGACGGCUGCAAGAGAAAAAGCCAACACUCGUGUAGCAAAGCUGAAAGCUGAACACAAAGAAUUGAAAGCUAGAUUCGAAAGGGCGAAGAAUGAAGGGCAGCAGAAGGCACGAAAUGAUCUUCUCGGAUCAUCGUCUUCAUCAGCAACAUACUCUUCAUCCGGAGGAGGAGGACCUUCUUCAUCAUCAGUAUCACAACGUAGAUCAUCAGCACAUCCAAAUGCGCCACCUUCACCAUUAUUCGAAUCACCUUUCGCUUCAUCAUCCUCAUCUCAACAGGCAAACCUAUGGCAACCGAAUCAUCCUCCUUCACAAAGAGAAGAUUUUGCUUUGAGAGAACAUAGUUUCCUGCAAGAAUCAGAGAAUCAUAUAGACCAAUAUAUAGCUCAAGGAAGAGCAGUCUUAGAGAAUCUGGUGGAACAAAGAGGACUUUUGAAAGGGACUAGAAGGAAAUUGUUAGACACUGCAAAUACACUGGGAUUGAGUAGAGAGACUAUAGGUUGGGUAGAAAGGAGAACGUGA